ACAAAGGAAGAAGACGACGACUACGAAGAGGAGGAGGAGGAGGACCAAGAAGAAGAAGAAGAGAGAGAGAGAGAGGAAUGUGGUCUUGUUGGUCCGCUCGCCUCUGUUGUCUGCCUUCCCCAAAUAUGAGCAACUCCAUUGGAAACCAGUCGCUAAUGUCGGCAACCUCUCUUCCAUUAUCUUCUUCCUCUUCGUAUUAUUCCUCCUGCUGCUGCAACAGAAGGACCUUCACCGUCUCCACGCUCGCAACCCAUCUUCCCCUCGCCGUUGCCCUCUUCCUCGGCACAUCUCCGCCCUCCGCCUCCGCAUCAGCGUCUGCCGAGGAGGAGGACUUGGAUAGGUACACAGACAACCGCGAGGGGUUCACUCUCCUCAAGCCCACCUCCUGGACCAGGGUUGAUAAGGCUGGUGCAGCUGCCCUCUUUGAGGAUCCUACUGCUAAGGCUAACAAUAUAGGAGUUGUGGUAAACCCAGUUAGAAUCUCCUCUCUCACUGACUUUGGCUCUCCCAAUGAUGUCGCUGACAAGCUCAUACAAGCUGAGAGGAGAAAGGAAAGCACAAAGGGAGCAGAGGUGAUUCAGGUUCGCGAAAGAACCGCAGAAGGAGGCUUUCCCGUGUAUGAGUUUGAAUACAAAGUUGAUAGCUCAAGGGGUGGAGUGAAAAGGAUAUUUUCAGCUGCAUUUGUUGCUUCCAAGAAGCUGUAUCUCUUGAACAUUUCUCACUCUGAUUCUCAGGCCAGCCCUUUAAAUCCCCAAACAAAAUUGUUGUUAGAGAAAGUCCUAGGCUCUUUUGAUUUGUCAAGUUAAAUAACUUCUAUAUUUGUUCAUUCAUUGAGCUUUCUUUUUGGUGUAGUUGAUCAUAAUCCUCGUAUAUUCAACA